AUUUAAUAUCCCUGACUCCCUCUGCUCUAUCGCCAUAGAACUUCUUUUUUCUGCCUUCUCCUCAAAGAAACUUCAAAACCAAAUGGCACACUCAUCGUCGCCGUCGCCGUCGCCGGCAUCAGCGGCGAAAUCCGACGAGGAGACAGAAGAAUUACUCGAUCGAAUGCUCACUCGGCUAGCAUUAUGCGACGAUUCUAAACUCGAAGCUUUACUGUCUAAGCUUCUCCCUCUCACUAUCUCCUCACUCUCAUCUCAGUCAACUCCUGUUCGCAACAAGGUAAUUGAAAUUCUGAGCCAUGUGAACAAGAGAGUAAAACACCAUUCUGAGAUUGGCUUGCCAUUAGAGGAGUUGUGGAAAUUGUAUACAGACUCUAAUGCUACUUCAAUGGUCAAGAACUUCUGCAUUGUGUACAUUGAGAUGGCAUUUGGACGAAUACACGUAAAUGAAAAGGAAAAUAUGGCUCCUCUGCUUGUAGCUAAUAUUUCUAAACUUCCUCAUCAACACCAAGAAAUUAUCCUGAGAGUUGCUAUUGCGGUGAUUGGUGAGUGUCAUGCUGGUCAGAUCAGUGAUGAGGUUGCUCUGAAAUAUAGGUCAAUAAAAGGUUCCGAAGAUAGAGAAUUAUUUAUCGAUUUCUGCCUUCAUUUGAUGCUGUAUCAGCAGCCAUCUCAAAGUGGAGGAUGUCCAGCUGGACUUUCAAUUGCUCAAAGCAAUCGUAUUACUGGAAAGCUUUCUUUGAAAAACGAUGUGCUUUUGAUGAGAAAGUUGGGAAUUUUGAAUGUCAUUGAAGCUAUGGAGUUGGAAUCGGAAUUUGUUUAUCCUUUAUAUCUGGCUGCUAGUGCAGAUUGCCAAGAGCCUGUCAUUAAGAGGGGGGAGGAGCUUUUGAAGAAGAAGGCAUCUACUGCUAAUUUAGAUGAUCCAAAGUUGAUGAACAAGUUGUUUUUAUUGUUCAAUGGUACUGCUGGAUCUGAAAAUGUUGCUGCAGAAUCUAGAGUUUCUCCAGGGAGUGUUGCUUUGAAAGUAAAGUUGAUGUCUAUCUUUUGUCGGUCUAUUAGAGCAGCAAACAGUUUCCCCGCAACUCUGCAGUGUAUUUUUGGCUGCAUAUAUGGAAGUGGCACCACUUCAAGGUUGAGACAACUGGGAAUGGAAUUCACUGUUUGGGUGUUUAAACAUGCUUUAAUGGAUCAGCUAAAGGUUAUGGGCCCAGUUAUACUUAAUGGGAUCCUGAAGUUACUUGAUAGUUACUCAAAUUCAGAUUCAGAUAUUAUCGCUAGGGAAAUUAAAACCUUUUCUUUUCAAGCAAUUGGUUUGCUGUCACAGCGGUUGCCUCAUCUCUUUAGAGACAAGAUUGACAUGGCUGUUCGGCUUUUUGACGCAUUAAAAUUUGAGGCUCAGUCCCUUCGUUUUGCAAUUCAGGAAGCAACCAGUUCUCUUGCUUCCGCUUACAAGGGUGCCCCAGCUGCUGUACUGGUGGAUUUGGAGACACUUUUGUUGAAUAAUUCUCAAGUGGAACAAAAUGAAGUACGUUUCUGUGCUGUGAGAUGGGCAACAUCUCUAUUUGACUUGCAACAUUGUCCCAGUCGCUUUAUUUGCAUGCUUGCAGUGGGUGAUUCUAGGUUGGAUAUAAGGGAAAUGGCGUUUGAAGGCUUGUUUCCUGUCAAAGAGGAAGGCCGGAGUGCCAGUCAAAAUCUAGAUCUUACAUAUCCAAAACUUAAGGACAUGAUGGAUUUUAUUCUUAAACAGCAACCAAAGCUAUUAGAUUCGGGUGACUUAAGGGAACAAAAGCUUAUUUUUUCAUCAAAGGUGUAUGUGGUUAUGAUUAAGUUUUUGCUGAAGUGCUUGGAGUCAGAAAUAGAGCAAAAUAACUCUCUAGAGAGAUCUCCUGAAUUUCUGUCUUCAGUUGCCACAAUAUUUUUGCUUCUGGAACAUGCUAUGGCAUAUGAAGGCUCAGUGGAGUUGCACUCCACUGCUUCCAAGACAUUAAUUACCAUUGCAUCUUAUCUUCCAGAGAUGACAGCAUCACACUACGUAACUAGAAUUUCAUGGCUUAAGCAAUUAUUGAACCAUGUAGACUUAGAUACUCGUGAAUCUUCAGCACGGCUACUUGGCAUUGCUUGCUCUGCCCUUCCAGGUCCUGCAUCAUCCAAUCUUAUACGUGAACUGCUUUCCUCAAUUAGCGGAACCAACAAGUUGAGGUUUGAGGCAUUUCAUGGAUCGUUAUGUGCUGUUGGAUACAUUACUGCAGAUUGUGUAUCUAGAAUGUCUGCUAUUCAAGAGACAUUGAUUCAGAAUGUACUGAAAGGCUUGACUGAUGUUGUUAACUCUGAGACUGCAAUCUUGGCCUCUGUUGCAAUGGAAGCUUUAGGUCAUAUUGGGCUACGGGCACCAUUACCUCCACUUGCUGAUAGUUCUGGUUCAGUUGAGAUUUUGUCGCUCUUACGUGAAAAGUUAAGCAAACUAGUAUCAGGAGAUGAUAAUAAAGCAACUCAAAAGAUUGUUAUUUCCCUGGGACAUAUAUGCGUAAAGGAAACAUCUCCUUCACAACUGGACAUUGCUCUUGAUUUGAUAUUUAGUCUUUGCCGGUCAAAGGUUGAGGAUAUCCUUUUCGCUGCUGGGGAGGCUCUUUCAUUUUUGUGGGGCAGUGUUCCUGUAACAGCUGAUUUGAUUCUCAAAACUAACUAUUCUUCACUUUCCAUGAUAUCAAACUUUCUCAUGGGAGAUGUGAACCUGUCUUUGUCAAAGUAUAGAUUUAAUGGAAAAACUGAAGCUAAUGAAGACUUCCAUGGCUCAGUUAGAGAUGCAAUUACAAAAAAACUUUUUGACACUCUUUUAUACAGUAGCAGAAAAGAAGAGCGCUGUGCUGGAACUGUUUGGUUAUUAUCACUGAUCAUGUACUCUGGGCAUCAUCCAACCAUCCAACAAAUGCUUCCUGAAAUUCAGGAGGCAUUUUCUCACCUAUUAGGUGAACAGAAUGAACUUACACAAGAGCUGGCAUCCCAAGGCAUGAGUAUUGUUUACGAACUUGGUGAUGCAUCAAUGAAGAAUAACUUGGUAGAUGCACUUGUAACCACUUUGACUGGUUCGGGGAAAAGGAAAAGAGCUAUCAAGCUGGUUGAAGACUCUGAAGUGUUUCAAGAGGGAGCUAUUGGUGAAAGUCUCAGUGGAGGAAAACUUAGCACUUAUAAAGAGCUUUGCAGUCUAGCUAAUGAGAUGGGUCAACCGGACUUAAUUUACAAGUUUAUGGAUCUGGCUAACCAUCAAGCUUCUCUGAAUUCCAAGAGAGGUGCUGCUUUUGGGUUUUCAAAGAUAGCUAAGCAAGCUGGGGAUGCCCUCCAACCUCACUUGCGAUUAUUGAUUCCUCGGCUAGUUAGGUACCAGUAUGAUCCUGAUAAAAAUGUUCAGGAUGCAAUGGGACACAUAUGGAAGUCGCUAGUCGCAGAGCCUAGCAAAACUAUUGAUCAGCAUUUGGACCUCAUUAUUGAUGAUUUAGCUAUGCAAUGUGGAUCUAGGCUUUGGCGAUCACGUGAAGCUUCCUGUCUUGCACUUUCAGAUGUUAUCCAGGGACGCAAAUUUGAACAGGUUGGGAAGCAUCUGAAGAAAUUGUGGACGGCAGCAUUCCGUGCCAUGGAUGACAUAAAAGAAACUGUUCGAAAUGCUGGUGACAGAUUAUGCCGUGCUGUAUCCUCAUUGACUAUAAGAUUAUGUGAUGUCUCGCUUACUGAAAUAUCAGAUGCCAGGAAAGCAAUGGAGAUUGCACUGCCUUUUCUACUUGCAGAGGGAAUAUUAAGUAAAGUUGACAGUAUUCGGAAGGCUUCAAUUGGAGUUGUUAUGAAGCUAGCAAAGGGUGCAGGGAUUGCACUUCGUCCACACUUGUCAGAUUUAGUGUGUUGUAUGCUUGAAAGUUUAUCAAGUCUUGAAGACCAAGGGCUUAAUUAUGUUGAGUUGCAUGCAGCAAAUGUCGGGAUACAGACAGAGAAGCUUGAGAAUUUACGAAUUUCAAUUGCAAAAGGCUCUCCAAUGUGGGAAACUCUUGACCUAUGCAUAAAUGUUGUGAACACUGAAUCAUUAAAUCUCCUGGUUCCCAGGCUGGCUCAUUUGGUUCGCUCGGGGGUUGGUCUUAAUACUAGGGUUGGUGUUGCCAGCUUUAUUAGCUUAUUGACUCAGAAAGUUGGUACAGAUAUAAAACCAUUUGCAAGCACACUAUUGAGGCUGUUGUUUCCAGCUGUCAAGGAGGAGAAAAGUGCUGUUGCAAGACGUACCUUUGCAGGUGCUUGUGCCAUGGUUUUGAAGCAUGCAGGUCCUUCUCAGGCUCAGAAGUUGAUUGAAGACACUAUAGCUUUGCAUAGUGGGGAAGGGAAUGCACAAAUUUCGUGCGGACUUCUUUUGAAAAGUUAUUCAUCGGUGGCGUCUGAUGUUGUAAGCGGAUAUCAUGCGGAAACUUUACCAGUUAUCUUCAUCUCAAGAUUUGAUGAUGAUAAGAAUGUUGCUGGACUGUUUGAGGAGUUAUGGGAAGACAAUACAAGUGGUGAAAGGGUCACAGUUCAGUUGUACAUAGGAGAAAUCGUUUCUCUCAUUUGUGAGGGUCUUUCAUCAUCAUCUUGGGCAAGAAAAAGAAAGUCAGCCCAGGCAAUCUCCAAGCUUAGUGAAAUUUUAGGUGAAUCGUUGUCUUCUCAUCACCAUCCUCUGCUUGAAGCUCUUAUGAAGGAGAUUCCUGGUCGAUUUUGGGAGGGAAAGGAUGCUCUUUUAGAUGCAAUAGGUUCACUUUCUACAUCUUGCCAUAAAACUAUUGCAUCUGAAAAUCCUUCUACCCCCAGGGCAAUUUUGGAUUUGGUAUUUUCAGCAUGCACAAAAAAGGUGAAGAAAUACCGUGAAGCAGGUUUCUCUUCUCUUGAUCAGGUUUUAAAAGCAUUUGGUGAUCCAGAUUUUUUUAAUGCCAUUUUCCCACAAUUAUUUGAGAUGUGCAACUCAGCUGUUGGCACAAAAUCUUCCAGAACACUUGUUGCAAAUGAUGCUGGUAUAUCAGGAUCAGAUGAUGCUGAAGCCUCUUCUAUCCCACUAGAGAAGAUUCUGGCCUGUUUGAUUUCUUGCAUCCAUGUGGCACGCGUAAAUGAUAUUAUUGAGCAUAAAAAGAACUUGAUGGAUAUCAUAGCAAUUUCUCUCUCACCUGUGUUUCAGUGGACAGUGAAAAUAUCGGCGUUCUCAUUAAUAAAAGAACUUUGCUCAAGGUUCAGCAACACUGUUGACACUGAAGGAAUGUCUCUACAAGCAAGUGUAAUUUUUUUAAUUCAGGAGUUGUUUCAGGCCGUAUUGCCUAAAAUAGUUGAAUGUUUAAGUACAGUAAAGAUAGCCCAGGUUCACAUCAAUGCUUCAGAGUGCCUUUUGGAGAUCGUCAAACUGUGCAAACAGCUUACAUCGGUGAACUGGGAAGACGUAGUAGGGCUUAAAGGAGAGCUUCUUCAUCAAUGUGAAGUGGAAAAAAAUCAAGAAGCAAAGAUAAAUCUGAGAAAAUGCAUCGACGUCAUUGAAAACUUGUAAUAAAUACUAGUUGUUUUCUCACUAUAGGAAUUUGACAGUGUAGUACUAUAUGAGCACAUGAAAGGAAAACAUUAAAUUAUAAUUUUACAAGAAUAGUUUAUACUAGAUUAUAGUCUUAAAAUAGAAAUGAAAUGUGAAAGCAUAAGAAUUGAUAUCUAAUUGUUUUCUAAUUCAAAUUCUUGUUACUUAA